AUGAAUAGAUCAUUAUCGGCAGAUUUUGUGUGGCCCAACAACUUUGGUAAUGGAACCGGAACUCCUAGGGCAGACAGAAACACAUCACAUGCUGGAUCUACACAUGAUACUGAAUUUCAGCCUGCAUCCACAAGUCGUUUCAUUGCAAGAAACGAUAAACCAACUUCUUCCAAAGGAGCAGAAUCAAACCGUAGCACUAUUGAUUUGCAGAAAAAAAGGCGCAUCCUAGAAAAUGAGAAGAAAAUGCAAGAGUUAGAAAUGUUGAAACGAAAACAAGUGCAGUUUGAGCUCGAGUCGAAACAAAAGGAAAUAGAAAACAGUACCCGCUUGCAAGAUAUGGAAGAGGAAUUAGAAGAAGCAGAAUUUGAGCCACAAAACAGUGAAAGUGCUAGUUGUGUAUCUAGAAAAACGAAAUUUUCUGGAACGUAUAGAAAGAAUGAUGAAAGAAAUGACAAUCAUGUGACAAAUUGGAUUAAUAAUAUUCCAGAAGUAGGCGAAAUAGAUGAUUUUGAAAGUUUUCCAAGAAAGGAUUCCAAGAAUGAUAUCCACAUGUUAUGCAACACACUACAGGAAGUACUAAUGACAUUCAAAACUUCAGGACAACCCCAAAAUGCUUCGUAUAAAAUUGGAGCCAGACCAUCGGUUGACAAAGAUUUUCCUUGUUUCGAUGGAAAUCCCCAAGAUUGGCCACUAUUUUAUAAACAUUUUACGAAUAUUUGUUCAUUAUGUGAAUAUUCGAAUGAGGAGAUAAUGCUCAAGUUACAGAAAUGCUUGAAGGGAUUAGCCAAGUCUACCGUUUCUGGAAUGAUGCUGACAUCGAACGUGGAUCUGGUUAUGAAAACACUUGAAACACGCUUUGGCAGGCCUGAAUUCAUCAUCGAAACACUCGUUAUGAAAAUCAAAAAUAUCCCGUACAUAAAAGACUGUAAUUUGGAGAAACUCAUUAAUCUAUCGAAUGAAGUUAAUAAUAUGGUAUCUACUAUGAAAAUUUUGGAAUCCACAGGUCAUCUACAAAACCCACAGUUGAUGAAAGAACUCCUAAAUAAGUUACCAGAUAUAUUGAAAUUGAACUGGGGUGAAGUUGUUUCAAGGAGGAAUGGAAUAGUAAAUCUCGCUGAUUUUGCAGAAUGGUUGGAGAAUUACGCUAGCGCCGCAUGUUUUGUGAGUACACCUCAGCCAUUUGAAAUCGAAAAACAAAAUCAAUCGAAAAGAUCCGAAAGAGUCCUCAGUACAGCAGAAACACACAAAUUCAAGAUUGCACAGAAGUAUUGCUCAUAUUGUGGCAACGACAGUCAUCAAAGUGAGUGUCCUAAUAUGAAGGCUGACGACAUCGAUACCAGAUGGAAAACCGUUACGGCGAAAAAACUUUGUUUCUCGUGUCUUAAAAGAAACCACCAAAAAUUAAAGUGUCGGAACAGAAAAGUAUGUGGAAUAUCUGGUUGCAAAUUGUUUCACCACCGUCUUCUCCAUAAAGAAAAAACCUAUCCUUCAAGUGAGAAUACUGCUAAUGACAGUACGUCGAAAGUUGAGAUGAUAUGUGCAGUAGCCAGCGACAGGAAAACGUUAUUGCGGAUGAUUCCAAUAAAGCUUUAUGGUCCAAAGAGCAUCCAAACAGUAUAUGCACUUUGUGAUGAGGCAUCAACCAUUACUUUGCUAGAUGCAGAAAUCGCGAAACAUCUAGGUAUUACAGGUUCUCCAGAACAGAUAUGUUUGCAGUGGACAAACGAAGAAAUCAACUCACAAGUGAAUUCGAUUAAAUUCGAUUUGAAGAUUUCUAAGGUGGAUAAAGGAAGCAAAAUUCAUCUUCUAAAGGGUGUUCGAACCAUGGAAAAUCUGUCGUUGCCGUCACAAACAAUAAAAAUAACAGAUAUUGAAAGAGAAUCUCAUCUAAAAGGAAUACCGAUUCGGAGUUAUGAGAAUCAGAAAGCUGUCAUGAUAAUCGGACAGGAUAACAUUCAUUUGAUAACCCCUCGGCAAAUACGAUGUGGAACAGAAUAUUCUCUGAUGGCGACAAGAUGUUUAUUGGGAUGGUCAGUACAUGGGCCCAGUUCAAGAAGAAAUGAAAAGGAAAAUACUCGUGUGUUACAUGUAUGCGAAAAACAUAAUGAAGACGAUGAGCUUCAGGAUCUAAUGAAAAGGCAGUAUUCGACUGAAUCUUUUGGAGUUUUAAUAACACCCAACAGAUUGAGCCAAGAAAAUUCUAGGGCAAUGGAGACAAUCAGAAGAGUAGAUGGUCGAUAUGAAGUUGGACUUCUUUGGAAAGAGGAAGACACGCAGCUUCCAGAGAGUAAAUUCCGAGCAUUGCAGAGACUGAAAUGUAUCGAGAAAAAGUGCCGAAAAAACGUUGAAUUCGGAAAAGAGUAUUGCCUGAAAAUUCAGUCCUACAUAGAAAAAGGGUAUGUGACGAAACUCAAUGAAGAAGCUGACGUAUAUGGUCCACGAACUUGGUACCUUCCGCAUUUUGCAGUCGAGAAUCCAAAUAAAAUCAGGUUAGUUUUUGACGCAGCUGCCAAAUCGAAUGGUCUCAGCCUAAAUGAUGCGUUAUUGUCUGGUCCUGAUCUUUUACAAUCGCUGGUAGUUAUUCUAUGGAAAUUUAGACAAAGAAGAUUUGGAUUAUGCGGGGACGUGCAUGAAAUGUUUCACCAGGUUCGUAUCCGAAAACAAGAUAGGCCUUCGCAACGUUUUCUUUGGAGAGACUUGGAAUAUAAUCGUAAUCCUGAUACAUAUGAGAUGAACGUAAUGACCUUUGGAGCUACCUGUUCGCCAGUUUGCGCACAAUUCGUAAAGAAUUAUAACGCUGAGAAAUUUGCACAAGAUUCUGAGAUACGAAAAGCAAUCACAGAGAAAUUUUACGUAGACGACUAUUUUGACUCAAGGGACUCAGAAGAAGAUGCGAAGGAUACAUAA